CGCAAUACACCCCCAGCAUCCCGCAGCCUGCAGCGCUGAUGCUAGUCGCGAAAACAGAAGCAGUUCUUUGGAGUGGUCGGGUCCCGUGUGUGUAUUUAUUUUGAAUUAAUUUUGCAAACUGCACCCAUUUUAUGUGCCGCCGCCGCGUCAAGUGCUUCCUUCCGUAGUGUGAAUUGUUUCGUAACUGGUUUCCGGCUUGAGUAAUCGACUUAGUGAAACUUCAGGCAGAAGAAUGUCGUCGUCACCUUUCCGCUACACGCACGCAAUCACCUGCAGAUUCUGGCAUCAAUCCCGAAUUAAAGGCAAUGGAACCCAGCAGGACUCGUCAGGUUAAUCAUGUUUUCCUACGAAUGAACUUUGAUACCAAUGGACUUUCAACAUAAACCUGGGAACUGUGCAACUCAGAAACGGCGAUCGAAAUUCGUAGUGGAAAGGCGUCUUGAUAUCCUAAACAACAAACAUUGGAACCAAUGUAGCUACAAUCCUGGAAAAUUUGCUCACAACGAUAAACGAAAUGUUUCGUGGAAAAGCUCACGCGCUUUGAAACCAUGUGAAAAAUGAAUGAAUAAAAUUCCGCUCUCAUUGCGCACCCGGGGCGAAAUCGAUCUGGAGGAGGCCAAACUGCAACAUGAGGCCUACGUACGAUUGCUGCGCGAUUUGGGCCUGGACGUGCUCGAGCUGCCACCAGAUGAGAAUCUGCCCGAGUGUCCCUUUGUCGAGGACUGCGCCGUCGUGUGCAACGGAAUCGCGCUGAUUUGUCGACCGGGCGAUCCCAACAGGGUGAAGGAGGUUGAUGCCAUUCGGUCCGUGCUGCGGAAGGAGCUCGAUUUGCCGCUGGCGGAAAUCGCCGAUCCAAAUGCGCGGUUAGAUGGUGGCGAUGUGCUUUUUACCGGGCGGGAGUUUUUUGUAGGACUCAGCAAGUGGACCAACGAGGCGGGAGCGCGAGCUGUGGCGUCCGCUUUUCCCGAAUAUCCGUGCGUUCCGAUUAAGGUAGAAGACGUAAAUAUCACUGCAAGUCCGAUCACUUUGGAAUUAGUCAAUGGAGUGAUUCAGGUGGUCGAACAUCACCACCUCAAAUACUACGUCUCGAUGGCGGGGGCGGACGUGCUGUGUGUCAGUCGGAGCAAGGAAUCGCAGGAGAUACUGAAACGCAUCGAGCGCGAGGCCACCUACACGUACAGCACGCUCACGCUGCAGGAGGAACAGGCCGCGAACGUGCUGUUCGCGAACGGGACGCUCAUCCACCGGUCCGUCGAGGAGAUUCCCGAGUCGGCAGUGAUCCUUUCCCAGAAACUGGACAUUCCCCGGCAGAUCGUUCCGAUGACCGAGCUGGGCAAGUUCUCCAACGGCCUCACGGCCUGUUGCAUCUUGGUCAAACGAUCCCGGCACAUCAAAAGUCUGUAGAAGGGCCCGUGCUUUGUUAGUUAGUCACCACCACCAUCGUAUUAAGCUAAUUGUGUCUGUUUACCUUGUUUACCACUAAGUUGUAACGUCUUAUUUAACUAUUUAUUGCCUUUUUUCGUCGGUCUUGUGCUAAAAUUUGUGCUUUAUUAAGUGUGUAGUCAAACUUUUAUUGAAGGAUACUUUGGUUGAAACGGUUAGUGAAAAAUUGUUAAACUUUUCUUUUUUCUAUUGUUUUGAUUGAAAACAAUCUUACCCCACUCGUUAUUUGCUGUUAGAGCUUCAACACUAAUUGACGACUGAAACUAUAAAUUCCAACUUUGAAAUUGCUUUCCAUCUAGUAUGGUUUGGUUAUCCCAUAGUCGCUAGCGCAAUCAUCUAGCUACAUUUGUCGUGUAAACUACUUAGCUAUCCAAGAUUAAUAAAUGUUACACACCAACAGUAGGUUGUGAGGAUAGUUUAGAAUAUAAUAAAUAUAAAAUACGAACCGAAUCUCAGUGCUUCAGCGAGAAGCGCACAACAAACAUUCUCUAUCUCUUCCACACAAAGAGCUACGUAAACUACGAAAUAAACAUUCUAACACUUCCAUUGUUUUAUCUUUCGCUGUCGAAUCUAACGCCAAGCUUCGUGAAAUGCUAUACUUUUUAAUCUAACACUAGUGUAAAGUUACUUUGAAUAAAUAAAAUAUUACUAAGUCGAGCAGUCGACUCUUCUAGUUUAACCGUUUUGUUUUGCUGUCUAAUAGUGGCGUUAAGAAAUAAAAAAAAAAUCUGUAGCUAAUUUAAGAAAUAAACCGUAAGAAAGAAUGACAUCAACAAACUAUAAGCAUCGCAACAAGCAGUAAGUCUCUCAAACGACGAAAUAGUCUUAUUUACAACAGAUUUAUGCAUUCGAAUUUUACUGUAGGAAAGAACAAAACAAAGCAAUUCCACUAGUAGGACAACCCAACUGUAAAGUAAUAGAUCAGAACCUAACAAUGAUGGAGGCGAAAAUAAAGAGAAGUCAUUAAAAUACG